GUGUUUGGUGUCCGUACGGAGGCGUGUGCGCACAGUUAGUGCGACAGUUUUUUUUAUCGCUGACAUGAUAUCAAUUAAAUAGCCUCCUAUUACGCGUAAGUAGGAAAUCGUGAUACUAUGGUUUAAUGAACUGCUGAUAGACGGACAAUUGUACGUGUUGUUACUUUGAGUUCUGAACGUAUCGGUGCCGUGCAUGGACGUUAUGACGUUAGUACUUGGUCUGGACGAGAAUGGACCGUCGCUUCGUGUGCAGCCGAGUACGUGUGCACGCAUUGUGUUUUUGUUACGUUUACGAGGCUAGGCGUUGGUUCAAUAUACCGCAACUUCACAUACUUCAACAUACGAGUCAACAGUGCUGCACGCGGUGACCGCUCGAUGAGUUUAAUAAUCGUGCAGUUCGUUCACGGUGUCGAACAACUCCAUACGUCGCGGAUUAAUAACACAGCCUUCACCGCCGGCGUAUACAAAAAUCCGUUUGUAGGUUUAGCUUCUACCCUCAAGUUGAAAUUGCGCCUGUACUUAUCUCAGACCGCCUGUGAGAAUUGGGGGCACCGUAACGCCCAGCAGCUGUGUGUGAAAAAGGACGCAAACGCCAAGCUCUGGAGAGAGCGAGAGCACACAGAAGGAGCGAUGCUGUGAGGCGGAAGGAAAUCAUAUAGCCCCCGCCGUCUGGGACGAGAGAGAAAGAGGUCAUGGAGCUGACUAAAGACUUAACGACGGAGGUGCUACCUGGCAGCCGCACCAGCAUCGUUGAAAAGGUUGCCAAGGAAGAGAAACUGAAGCCAGGCGAAAAUCAGUCGUUGCUGUGCAACGAAGAGUACUAUCUGGCGGAGGAGGUGGAGGAAAUAUUGCGGAGCAGAGUGAGAGAGGGAUGCGCUGGUGCCGAGUUCCAACUGGGGCAGUUUCUUUUCGAGAAGGGUGACUACGAUAUGGCGAGGUUAGAAUUUGAAGCCAUACAGAACAAGGACAUGAGAGCGCGCUACCAGCUAGGUGUCAUGUGCUACGACACACUUGGAGAUAAGGAGAAUCCGAAGAAGGGAUUUGAAUUGAUGAUGGACGUAGCGAGCUCUAAGAGCAAACAUGAUCAGGGUCUUGUGGCGGUAGCAGAGUACAACAUCGGACGUGCAUACUUCCAGGGAUACGGGGUCAAACAGUCCGAUUUCGAUGCUGAGAGGUGGUGGCUGCGUGCGGCAAACGAUGACAACCGGUCACCUAGCAUCAAGGCCCAGACAGCACUCGGCAUGUAUUACUCCCGACCAGAAACAUUCAACAUGAAGAAGGCAUUCCACUGGCACAGUCUCGCCACCAAAGCUGGUAGCUUGGAGUCACAAGGAGCGCUGGGCGUGAUGCAUCUAUAUGGCAUGGGCUGCAGUCAAGACAGACAGAUGGCGCUGACAUACCUACGCACUGCCGCUGACCGAGGCAAUGUGUACGCCACGGGUCAGCUAGCCAGCUACUAUUACAAUAACAAGCUGUUCACAAAAGCGGCAGAGAUGGCAGAGAGAGCAGCGCAUGUGGACAACGUGGACGAGGUGGCCCGCUCUACCGACUGUCUACGAGACUUCGUCAGUAAGGGCGUCUCGCUCGGCUGCUUCUACUUCGCGCGUUGCCUUCAGCUGGGCAGCGGCAUAGACCAGAACCGAGAGAAAGCCGCGACGUACUACUCACUGGCAUGCAAGCAUGAUAAGGAUCUCUCAGCUCUACUUCAGCAGGAAGUGACACUAGGCCACAUUUAGUCUUCACCAAUGUCUAAGUGUUACAUCUAAGCAUUCCAAAAUACCUGGCCAUACCUGCCGUGUCUCACGAACACCUGGUCACAGUUACAAUCUAAGAGCUUCAACAACACAUGGCCCUUUAUAUGUGAAUGCUCAAUGUGUUUGUUAAUGAUUAGGAGCAAUAAUGCAUUUGUUUGCAAAAGCCGCAUAGAGACAUCACUGCUCCAUUUAUCAUGUUUUGCUAUGAUUACUAUAUGUAGAUAAACGUGUAGAUGAACAUGUAGCAAUGCCAUAAAAUACUAUUUUAGUAUGAAUUAAUUCAGAUAUAGCUGAUUUCUAUUAAUUAAAUUACCUAAUUAUUAUCUAUGUCUAUAUGCGUAUGUGUGCGCGUACGUGCGUGUGUCUCUGUGUGUUUGUUAAUGUGUAUUCUGUACUGGUCACUAGAUCGUUGUACAUCUGAGGUGACAUCACCUGAUAUAUGCACCAGUAUUUAGUUUGUGCAUUAUUGUGCAACGACUUGCGAAAUUCAAACCAAAGAUAUUCUCUAGUCACUCGAUCAUUGAAUGUUUUAAAUGAUUAUUUGUAAUUCUAUAAUCCCCGUAGCAAAAAAUGCAAUAAGAAGUAUGCUUGCUAAUUAUAUGGAAAUAAUCUUUGUUGAUUACAUAACUUAUUUGUAUAUAUUAUAUGAUCUAUGGUCGCUUGAAAGUAAUAUGUACUAGAUUUGGAGAUUUCAAAUGAGAAAUGGAAUUCACAAAUUAAAGGCACGUAAACCUGGAUAAUUUUCUUUUUUUCCUCCACGAUGGCUAAACGAGCUUUUAUAUCAGUGCGAAAUGGAUGUUCGUUCGCAUGUGUAUAUUUUUGCAUGCGCGUGUCUAGGUCCCACCCUUUCCCCAUUCUUCCUCUCUCUCCUUUAUUCACCUCUCCCCUCGCUUCCCAUUCCCCUCUUUCUCUC